GUCCCCCCACCGCGAGACGCGAAUCCCAUUCCACCUUCCCAACCACACCGCAAAAAACCCCCCAAAUGUCUACAAAUCCCCAAUCCCCAACAUCACCGCUUCCGAAAAGACUUAAGCCCAGUCCAGCUUCACCACCAAACAGUUCCGUCCAGCCAAAAACACCCAACGUAAUCCCUCCCACACCAACGACAAUGAGUGCACCAACCCCCACAGUCGUCUCCGUCGACGCAGCACCACCACUUCUGAUCAAGAAGCUGUCGGACAAUGCGAGGCUGCCUACGAGGGGAAGUGCUUUCGCUGCGGGUUAUGAUAUCUAUGCGGCGAAGGAUACUGUCGUGCCUGCGAGGGGAAAGGUCCUGGUGGAUACGGAUAUCAGUAUGGCGGUUCCAGAGGGGACUUGUAUGUUUGCUUAUUCCGACUCUCCCUUAUUAUUCAGGACGAUCCAUCACCUUUGAUCAAUUCCCAUGAAACACAGAUUACAAGAAAAAAUUAACUAAUCCCGUCCCAACAGACGGCAGAAUCGCACCCCGCUCUGGACUGGCAUCUAAAUAUAUGAUCGACACCGGCGCAGGCGUAAUCGACGCAGACUACCGCGGCCAAGUCAAGGUCCUCCUCUUCAACCACGGCGAGAAAGAUUUCGAGAUCAAGGAGGGAGAUCGUGUAGCCCAAUUGGUUCUGGAAAGAAUUUACACACCUGAGGUCAUGGAGGUCCAAGAAUUGGAGGAGAGCGUCCGAGGAGCCGCAGGCUUUGGCAGUACUGGUUAAGCUUUUCAAUACAGGACCCCGAAAAUUGGAAAUACAGCGGCAUUAUCUCAAAAAAGCGGUAAAAUUCGGCAAAUGAUGAACGAUCAGACCGGAGUUAUGGCGUGCUAUUUUAGCAGAGGAAAAGUUUCGCGUAAAAGAAUGCGUUCAUGAAUUAGGUAAUCACGAAUAUCA